AGGUAGCAUUUUUACAAUCGCGUGCGCGACACGUGAUGCCUCAAUAUCAUGCCAAGGAUGAACCUCCCUAAACCCAGAAUUCAAAAAUCAUAAACCAUAGGCAUCGUCAAAACCCUAGGUAUGGAUCAUCAUCGUUCCUCAACGCUGUUGGACGAAGCCCUAGCUCUGGAUUGGACGCAGCCAAGAGUGAUCGUGAUCGAGGACUGCGUCGAAACCAAUGGCGCAUUCGUUCUUCAUCACGUCCUCAAGCGCUCUCUCGCUCUUCACACUUCUUCUACUUCUGCUGUGAUUUUCUUGGCUUUUUCUCAACCAUUUUCCCACUACGAUCGCAUCUUACGAAAAUUGGGUUGCAACUUAGUCACGCCAAAGGACAAUAAGAGAUUUGUUUUCUUUAACCUGCUUACACUGGAAUGUCCAGAUGGAGAUGAAGGAAAAACCAGCGGUGGACUUCCUUCAUUGUAUAGGGAAAUACAAAAGGUGAUUAUAGCCUUACAUGAAGAGAACCGAAAGAGCAUUACCAUAAUGAUAGAUGAUAUCUCUCUUAUGGAGGUGGCCGCUAAUGGUUCUACAAAUCAUGUCUUGGAUUUUCUGCAUUACUGCCACACUUUAACAUUGGAAUUUGGCUGUUUAUUAGUUACAGUUAAUCAUGGGGAUAUCUAUUCAAGCAUGGAACGACCUGCACUUCUUUUACAGAUGGAGUACCUUGCAGACAUUCUGAUAAAGGCAGAACCUCUCUCCACUGGUUUGGCAACUGAUGUGCAUGGACAGUUGACUGUUCUGAACAAGGGAAUUUGUGAGGGGCAGGGGAACUCGAGGAACAGGACACAUAAUUUCCAUUUCAAGGUUAAGGAAAAUAGUGUUGAAUGCUUUUAUCCAGGGACUCGGACUUGAAGAGAUAUGGCUUUAUAUUCUAAGAAAAUGUAAGUGUAGAAUAGAAGAUGUUAAUUGGGGUUUCCAUUUGUGGCGACAUAGUUGAUAGUUCCCAACUCUGGAGGUGGAAAAAGCUUUUUGGUUACCACGGCUCUGCAAAUAGGCUGUUUUAUCCAUUUUAUUUGGAGAAAGCUCUCUCUUGGAUUUGGAAUGUCCUGUACUAAUGGGAACAUACAAAAGUAAAAGAAGGGAUGCGGUUCUUCUUUUGAUCCUUCUGGUUAUCCAUGUUCUGCAAAGCUCCCUCUGCCAAGGAGUGCCCUGUACUGAUAGAAACAAUACAAAGAGAAGAUGGAAUUUCCCUCUUGGUUUUUUGUGUUCCUCUUUCUUUUCCUGAAAGAGAAGACAUUACCCCAAUUCCAUGGAUGCAUAUUUGUUCCUCCUAAACAGCCCUCAGGGACUCUGUUUUUGGUACAGGGUUUUCAUGCUACCUACCAGUAUUAUAUAGGUCAUUGGUUAUUUGAGGUAAAGAACAUUGCAAACAUCGUUGCCGUUUGUGUUUCUGACUCAUGUUUGGAAUUCUUAAGGGGUUCUUCUCCGGUCACCUACUCCUAUAUUUUCCUUGGAAUUUAUUGAUCCUCAUUAAUAUCUUAGGGUUUUGAA